AUCCUGGCUACGCCCCUGGUGUAUGCGGAUUGGAUUGGCUGGCGAGCACACAGCAGAGCUAAGCGUGCUGACCCAGAGUGUCCAACAUGUCCAGAUGAACGAAUCAAAGACACCGGAAGCCAGGUUGAAGGAUUCUGCAUACCCGACUUCGCAGUAAGAAAAAAUGAUGUUGACCGAGUUUAUGGAAACUUGGUCGAUGUAACAGAUCAUUGGAAGCCUGACUUUGAUCAUAUGGAAGUCGCUGACUCGUUCUUUAAAAGCGAUGGAAAGAAACAGAUUCAAAUAUUCACUGCCGAACAUGUGGAAGAAGAUCCAAGAUACGCAAAGUUAAGGCUAACAAAGGAGUGGAAAGAUUGUCAUCCUCUUUUCAGGAAUGUUGACUUUCUUCAUCAUGCGUUUCUUCUUCCCGAUGCAUAUGAUCCCAUGGAUGGUUGGAAGCAAGAAUCACUCAUUGGAGGAAACGCCGAUUUUUCGUACACUCUCCAUGGUCCUGUUCGUAAAUUAAAGGGUGGCGAUUUUCUUAUUUACGAAGCGGAUGAAACGACAGUUUUUACAUACCCAGAUGCGUGGCCUGAGGCAGCGAUGGAAUGGUUGGUCCGACCGCGCCCAAGUGGCUGGCCUUCAUCUGAACUGGUCCAGGAAAUAUUCGAAUCCGGUUGUCAUUUAGCUCCCGUUGGCAGAGGAAAACGGCUUGAGGAUCCCGUUGAUUUUUACAGUUAUUUUAAUAAACCAGAAGAAGCAGUGGUUUGUUCUUUAGUACUUCCGACAGAAGGCAACGAAGAAAAGAGGUUCAUGGAUCAAACCGAAUGGCGUACCUCCUUUUCUUUGGCUGAAAACAAACUCGGAGAGAGUGUUUUACCCGUGCAACGGCAUGUUAUGGUACUACUAAAGAUGAUCAAGAAAUGGUAUUUUCCUGAAGUGAUUUCGACGUACUUCUUGAAGAAUCUAUUGUUUUGGGAGUGCGAGAAGAAAGGUGAGGUCUUCUGGAGAGAGGACAAGUCCGGAAACUGUCUUUUAUUCAUGUUGGAUCGUCUCCAAGAGUGCUUAGAGUGUCGCUGUUUGCCACACUACAUCAUGCCGCAAAGCAACCUCCUGUUGCAUGAAGACCCAUCCCGUCUGAAAGAAGCUGCUGCUGUGGUCGCUGACGUGAGAUGCAAUAUUUUUUCAAAAACAUACAACCUGCUGAGAAGACUGCAGUCAAUGAACUAUCAGUCACAAACGUAUCUUAUAAACCUUGGUUUGCUGUUAGAAGACCAGAUGACAACAAUGCAAGAGAGAAACCUUGCAGUUAAAGAUCACCGAAAGCUUCUAAUAGAUAUACACUCGGUUUUUGUGGGCAAGUGCAAGGAAGUGAUAGAUUGUCUGCAAAUGAUGGAUCGCCAGGGCAUGGAAGCGCUAAUAAAUGUGGCUUUGUGUGUUUACCAGUCACUACUCGCAAGAACGCUGUGCAAAUUGUGGUUUAUCAUUAAUGAUGACGGCACCAAUAAAAACGCACUGAUUGAGAAGAAUUUUAAUUCCUUUGUCAAGGAGCAGAUUGGAGCUCUUUUCCUGUAUGAAGACAUUCUCUCUAUUGCACAUGUCUUCUUCCACAAUACCAGAAAAGGGAUAGAAUCUUCUAUCGCAAUUCCUAUGACAGGUGCCAUGUGGCAAAUGAGAGACGAAAAGAUGAAAAUAGUUCAAGAAAACACUGAAGAAGGCAAGGUAGAAUUGAAAGCAGCGCCUGAUAUAUUUAAGUAUUUGAAACAAACAGGUAAAAACAUGAGUGAUUAUGUGACAGAAGAUGACAUUAGAAUGUUA